AUGAUCGAGGACAUGGAGCUCAAGCUGAGGACCACGCUUCAGACCAUCUACUUCGGCAAGACCAAGGACAUCGUCAACGAGCUCAGGCAGGUGAUGCCCGUCUCCGUCCUCAAGAGCAGGUCCGCUCUCCAGCAGCAGAUCGCUGGUGCCAUUGGCGGCAGGGGCAACUAA